CGACGCCGCCACGCAUCAAAAGGCGGUUGUACCUCGACUAGUUUACUUUGUGACUACUUUUGAAGCGUUUAGACGGCAAUUCAAGGUGUUUUUUUAAUUUAUUUAAGCGAAACAGGUGAAUUUAAAGGGUGCUCGGUGACAGGAAGCGGAGAGUAUCCGCCCACGCGGUGCGCCCCUCGCACAGAAUCGAACAAACUUACCCUCAGAGACAAUGUUAUGUGUUGCGUUUGAGGCUACUGGGGAGUUGGAAAUAUCACAUAUGAAGCCUAAAACUUUAGCCAGCAUUGUAAAUAUUGUUUGUUUGCGUGUGGAGACGUAAAAAAAAGUAAUCACAGUUUUGAUUAGUUUUUUUAAAUCCCUGUAAAGAAGAUUAUAGUUAAAUUAAAACUGCAAUCUAUCUAAUGAUAGAUCAAAAACAAUAUGAUUACAAACGCUUUGUGAAGCCCUCGGAUCUUACUUGAUAAGAAACAGGAUGAGGCUUUGAAGAAGUUUCCGACAAGAUGUGUUAGGGUAGCAAGGCCCUGUGCAUGUUUACCCCCUUCAUCCUCAUCCUCCUCUUCACCAAGGCUUGGAGCUUUGAGCCUCCGGAGGAAAAGGCCGAUGUCUUUGCGAAAAAAGCCUGUCCGGCCUUCCUGACCUUCUUCAACGCCGCCUAUCUGGCGGGGGCCACGGUGGAGCUGCCUUGCUACUGCAAGCCCCAUCAGGUUCAUUCCGUCGUAUGGUUCUUCAGGAAGCUGGGGUCCGGUUCAGAGGAGACCAGAGCGCUGGCCGAUCACCAUGGCAACCAGCUGCUAGACUCCAGCCGGAUCCCUCAUGGCGGCGACUUGCGGAGUCGCUUCUUCAUCCGUCUCUUCAGCCUGCUGCUCUUCCGAGCCAGCGUGGACGACUCGGGCGUCUACAUCUGCGGGUCUGAGCACGGCGACUACUUUUACGCCUACGACCUCGACAUCCAGGAGGUCCAGAAGCUGGGGCCGGCUCGUGAAAGUGCGAGCAUCAGCAGGAAAAGGAGGCAGAGACAAAGAUCCGGCGAGCCGCUCUACCGAGUCUUCACUACCUUCCGGCCGUGGUCGCGCUGCGAUCGCUGCGGCUUACCGGGUGAGCAGGUCCGCGCGGGACUGUGCUACGUGCACUCCCGCUUCCUGCACGUGCGCUACCAGGGGACCAAUCGCACCGUGGUGUCCUGCGGGUCGGAGGCGGUGCCUGAGGCUUUUAGCCGCCUGAAGCGCAGCCGGCCAGGGGCCAGUUUAGAGAUCAGGAGCUGUCAUGUGACCUGUCCAAAUGAAGCUCCUCCCCCUUCCGUGGUGGACAACAUUAUGGUGUUUGUGGGACACAGUUCUAAAGAAACUCAGGUGCAGGUUUCCUACCUCAACCACCCGGCUGACCAGAUCCUGACCCUGGGCUGUCCUGAUGCCCGGCCGGGCAUGGCGGUGGCGUGGGACAGAGGACCCAAGCCUAUUUAUCGCUUGCACAGCCAGGCGAGUCCGAGGCUUUAUAUCGAUGCUGGGCAUCAUCUGGUCUUCAAACCGGCCACACUUCAGGACUCCGACGUCUACUACUGCUGGCUUCAGGGGCGCCGGGUCGCCGAGAUACACCUGCUGGUUUACACCAGUUUUGGGAAAAACUCGUCCAUCUGGUCACAUCCGGAGUUUUCCACAGCUAUGCAGCUGGUUUUGAAGUGCUAUGCCACCAUGACGGCAGUGUUCUGCCUGCUGCUGCUCAUCAGGGCAGGUGUGAGGCUGCGGAGGGACGCGCAUACGGACUGAACUCAGGUCAAAAUUUUAUGUUUUAUUAGUGGUUAUCAUUAAUCAAGUCAUUUUGUCCAGAAGAUUUAACUAAAUGCCCCAUAUAGCAAUAAGACACAAAUAUUGAGGGUCAAUCGGAACAGAAUGAAAUACUGUAAAUACAUAUUUGAAAAUGUGUCAACUAAUUAAAACUGGAACUAAGUACACAAAUGUGUUAUUAAAUGUUUCAUCAAUUAAUUUAUUGUAGAAAUAUACAUAUUUAACUUUUUAAUCAUUUAACCAUUUGAUCAUUUAUUUCAAUAUUUAACUAUAUCUAAAUGUAAUUACUUAUGUCAACAUUAGGGAUGUCCGAUAAUGGCUUUUUGCCGAUAUUCCGAUAUUGUCCAACUCUUUAAUUACCGAUACCGAUAUCAACCGAUACCGAUCUAUACAGUCGUGGAAUCAACACAUUAUUAAGCCUAAUUUGGACAACCAGGUAUGGUGAAGAUAAGGCCCUUUUUAAAAAAAAUAAUAAAAUAAAAUAAGAUAAAUAAAUUAAAAACAUUUUCUUGAAUAAAAAAGAAAGUAAAACAAUAUAAAAACAGUUACAUAGAAACUAGUAAUUAAUGAAAAUGAGUCAAAUUAACUGUUAAAGGUUAGUACUAUUAGUGGACCAGCAGCACGCACAAUCAUGUGUGCUUACGGACUGUAUCCCUUGCAGACUGUAUUGAUAUAUAUUGAUACCAGAAUAUUAAUAACAGAAGGAAACAACCCUUUUGUGUGAAUGGGUGUAAAUGGGGGAGGGUUUUUUGGGGGGUUGGUGCACUAAUUAAUUGUAAGUGUAUCUUGUGUUUUUUUUGUUGAUUUAAUAAAAAAAUACUAAUUAAAAAAACAAACAAACAAAAAAAACGAUACCGAUAAUAAAAAAAACAAUACAGAUAAUUUCCGAUAUUACAUUUUAACGCAUUUAUCAGCCGAUAUUAUCGGACAUCUCUAUUAAAUACUAUAAUAAAUAAUUAAAUACUCAAGUAUUAAAAUAGGAAAUUAUUUAUUGAUAUAAUUUUGCAUUCAAUUAAUUAACACAUUUAAUAAUGCAUUCAUGUAUAUAUUUUUUUUCAGUUUUGAUAAUUAAUGACACAUUUAAGUAAGUAAUUAAAGAUGUAUUCAUAUAUUUUAUUUGGUUCCAUUUGAUCCUCCAUAGACCUGCCCUGUUAACAAAAGCAAGGAAAUGAAAGUGCCUUUUUCAAUUGUUCAAUUAAAAGCAAAUAAUGCAAAAAAAAAUGUACCAAACUUCAAAAAGGAUUCUUUACAAAGUGAUUUAAUUUAUUUCCCAAUUUCACGCACACACACACAUACUGGUUAUCAUUUGAAAUGGGGACCAAGUUUUUGAUCAUCACUUGUGGGGACCACCCUUAUAUAUAGAAGGAUAUAGAAUGGAUCUGACUGUCAUUUAAAAAGGUUUCCCUUUAAGGGACCUGUUUUUUUGUCCCCAUACCGUCAGAGGUCCCCUAAAGGUGAGUGUGUAAACAGAGUGAUGUCCCCAUUAAGUAAGCAUUGCCAGAACACACACACACACACUUUCUAGUAUUAGUUACCUUCUUGAGACCUCUGAAAAAUGCCUACCUCUAGUAUUAUAAUAAAAAUCAUCAUUUUACUCAACGCAAGUCAAAAUUUGACAAGAAAAACUGAACAUUUGUGCAAUGUUAUGAUAAAAGUUGGAAUUUUACUCAAUAACAGUCACAAUUUUACAAGAAAAGCUUAAAAUGUUGGCAAUUUUAUGAAAAGAGUCGUAAUUUUACUCAGAAAAAGUCACAAUUUUAUAAGAAAACUUUCAAAUGUUGGCAAUAUUAUAAUAAUAAUUGGAAUUUCACUUGGCCAAAUCAUGACAAAAGUCAUAAUGUUACUCAAAAAAUGUCACUGUUUUACAAGAACAACAAAAAGAUUGGCAAUAUUGUGACAAAAGUCAGAAUUUUACAUGACAAAUGACACCAUUUUGCAUUAAAAAGUCAUAAUUUUUCAUGAACAAAUGAUAAAUUUACAUGAAAAAGUCAUAAUUUUACGAGGAAAUUACAGAAACACUUUGGAGCAAUGUUCACGGACUCUAGUAUUUGGCUCUCUAUUAGAUGCGAUGGUUUUCCGUAUUGGGACCAUGAUUUAUGUCCUAACUUGUUCACACCUCCUCAUAUGGAAGCUACUUUUCCUUGUUGAUGUCCUAAGAAGGGCAGAAAUACAAGAACACACACACACACACACACACACACACACACACACACACACAGACAGACAUUUCUAUAGCUUAGACCAGGGCUGUCCAAACUUUUUCUAGCGAGGGCCACAUUCAGUAAAAUCGAAGGAUGCGGGGGCCACUUUGAUACAUUCUGUACAUUAAAGAUGCUAAAAAGCAAAACAAUGGCCAUCAUUAUAUGCAAAUAUAGCUAAACUAAACAUCAACGUUAGCUUUGUGUAAUAGGUGACAAAAAAAUAACAAAUUAACUCAUGCAAUUAAUAAAACAUUUUAAAAAAGCAUGAAUCCCAUAUAUACACAGAUUAA